AUGAAGAACUUCACCUACAAGGCCCUGGCCGUCGCGACCGCUGCGGUUUGUGGUGCUGGUGCUCAAGCAGGCUCGGUGUCCUCGACGACGUCCAAGUACGCUGUCGAAGCCAUCACCGCCAGCAGCCCCAUCACGCUGGCUAACGUCGUCUACACGAUGGGCGUCGCUCGUGUGGUGUCCCAGCCGUUCACCAUCAUCGUCCGUGAGCCUGCUGGCGCCACGACGACCCUGGUUUGCGGCAGCACGCUGCCCGUCCUGGGUGGUGCUGGCGCUGCCAACAUCACCGUGAAGCGCACCUCGGCUACCGAGUGCGUGUGGGACGUGAACGUGACGACCAACGUCGCCGUCAACGACACCAUCACCUUCUCCGGCCUGUCGAUCAACGGUCAUGGCCUGGCCACCGUUGGCGCCACCGAGAAGCUGAACGUCGCUCUGUAUGACACGGGUGAAACCGCUCGCGUCGACAACUCGAACGACGUGACCGCCACCGUCGCUACGUCGGGCCGCGCUCUGUCGCUGACCGCCACGCAAGACACCGGCACGAAGGCCGACGUGAACUUCAACAGCGGCAACCAGCCCCUGUUCGGUUUCGUUGCUGCCAACGACGACACGACCACCAACGCCAGCGCCAACUUCAGCAUCGGUGUCGAUGGCAACUUCCUGAACGCUUCCGGCGUUGCCGUGACGGCCAACAGCAUGCUGACGAACGUCGUCGUGACGAUCGCUGGCGACUUCAGCGGCCUGAUCACGAGCUUCAACGGCGCUGGCAACAGCUCCGUGAACGUGACCACGACCGCUCCGCUGAGCACCGCUCCUGCCGUCACCGUGAACGCCACGGCCGGUACCGCUGUGUUCACCGUGAACGCUGCCAACCUGACCCAGAACGGUUCGACCAACGUCAAGGUCAGCCUGAACAGCGCUGUGACCCAGUCCCUGGGCACGUCGCGCACGUUCGGCGUCUCGGCUGUCGCCAACCCGACGCUGGCUGGCGUGGGCGCGCAGACCCUGGCUGGCAACAGCAGCUGGUGGGUGUGGGGCGCGAACGGCAUCGAGCUGCGUUCGGCGUUCUUCAACAACGACAACACCAACGGCAACCUGACCCGCUUCUUCUUCCAGAACACGGGUUCGCAGCAAGCUGACUACUCGGCGACCUGCCAAGCCGAAAGCGGCCUGACCGUGACCUACGGCACCGCCAAGUCGGGCAAGCUGGCUGUCGGUACGACCGCCCUGAACGCCGCAGACAUCUGCACGUUCAGCGCUGGCAAGCGUGGUUCGAUCACCUUCACGAUCAACGCCAACAUCGGCGCGGUCAAGGGUGUGUACCAGCAAGCCAUCAACGGCGCUGCUGCUGGCUACAUCCCCCUGGAGCGUCCGUACGGCGCCAACACGUACUAA